GGCAAGGGCCGCAUGUGGUGUGCGAUCGCAUGUAGUGUUUUGAGUUGCUAUCGUGGAGUGGUGUCCGGUGCAUAGCCCGCCCGCCCUCACUCUCGGCCUAACACGCGCACUACAGGUUCGACGACAUCUCGCUGCGGCCUCAAGACAUCGCGGCUGGCCGCGGAGGCGCGGGCGGGCCGAUCGGCUGCGGCGGCACGCUCCGGCUCACGAGCCUGCACUUCACCGGCUACUGGCAGGGCAUGGAGGGGAUGUACCUCGGCGACGGCAUCCAGCGCCCCGACACGGUCGGCUUCGCGUGCGACGGCUUCGAGUCCGCCGUGGCCAACCCUUUCGCGUCCGGCUGGCAGUGGGUCGGGCCGGGCGUGAGGCCGCCGGGGCUGCGCGACAAGGUGGUGAGCUACAUGCGAGACGUGUGCGGGGCGUUCACGAGCCUCGAGCAGGUGUGGGACCGGUGCAUGUUCCUCAAGGCGUGGGCGCCGGCGGCCAUGGCCACGGUCAAGGGGAAGUGGUCGAGGACGAAGGCGAAGCUUCACACGGUGAUGUCGCGUCGCGCUGAUUGAAAGUGGGGGCACAUUAUCUCGAGUUUAUCACACAAUUCACAUGCUUUUCGACGUGUGGAGAUUUUGUGUGAGACUGAGACUUGCAGAGAACCCAAACUCAACAACAUCUUCUAACCAAAGACCAAACAGCAAACUCCUCUCGAAACAAACAAACUCCUCUAUCCUCUCGCUCGGCGCGCAGGCGGCCGAGCUCGUACAGCAA